CGGCUUCGUUGCUUCACAGGAGGUGUUGUGAUUGCACGAGUCAGAUUCUUGGUCUCCUUCGUUGCUUCGCAGGAGGUGUUGAGAUUGCGCGAGUCGCUUCUUCGGCUCCUUCGUUGCUGUUCGACUUGGCUACUUCGUUGCUGUUCGACUUCGCUCCUUGACGUUCCCUUCCUGUCGGAUCAGACGUUACAACAUUUUGAUCUGAAGCAACGACGGGAGCUCCCUCUCGCUCGCCGUGAAGGGUUAUAAUCACAAAGGGUUUCAAGUCAGCAUAGGAUGGCCACAACUAGCUCAAAGAAUGCAAGGAAGAAGGAAGUGAAGAAAGAAACUGGACUUGGUCUAACAUAUAAGAAGGAUGAAAAUUUUGGAGAAUGGUACUCUGAGGUUGUUGUUAAUAGUGAAAUGAUUGAAUACUAUGACAUCUCUGGCUGUUAUAUUUUGCGACCUUGGACAAUGGCAAUCUGGGAAACCUUAGAAGCAUUUUUUGAUUUAGAGAUAAAGAAAAUGAAUGUAAAAAAUGCUUAUUUUCCUUUAUUUGUUACGGAGAAUGUUCUUCAAAAGGAGAAGGAUCAUAUUGAGGGUUUUGCUCCAGAGGUUGCAUGGGUCACGAAGUCCGGGCAGAGUGAUUUGGAAAUACCUAUUGCAAUUCGUCCUACUAGUGAAACCGUGAUGUAUCCUUAUUUUUCCAAGUGGAUUAGGGGACACCGUGACUUGCCAUUAAAGCUAAACCAGUGGUGCAAUGUUGUGCGGUGGGAGUUCAGCCACCCCACACCAUUCAUAAGGAGUCGGGAGUUUCUUUGGCAAGAAGGUCAUACAGCUUUUGCAACUAAAGAGGAAGCUGACAAUGAGGUUCUUGAGAUAUUGGAACUAUAUAGAAGAAUUUAUGAAGAAUAUCUUGCAAUUCCAGUAAUCAAAGGAAAGAAAAGCGAGUUAGAAAAGUUUGCUGGCGGUUUUUAUACUACAAGCGUUGAGGCUUUUAUCCCAAAUACAGGUCGUGGAAUACAAGGAGCCACCUCACAUUGCCUUGGUCAAAAUUUUGCAAAAAUGUUUGAGAUAGAUUUUGAAAAUGAGAAGGGGGAGAAGGCCAAGGUUUGGCAGAAUUCUUGGGCAUACAGCACCCGCACGAUUGGAGUAAUGGUCAUGGUUCAUGGAGAUGAUAAAGGCUUGUUGCUGCCACCUAAAGUUGCAGCUGUCCAAGUUAUUGUAGUUCCUGUACCUUACAAGGAUGCUGAUACCCAGGCCAUCUUUGCAGCCUGCUUAUCUACAGUUCAAACAUUGCAAGCAGCCGGAUUCAAGGCUGAGCAUGACUUGAGGGAAAAUUAUUCACCUGGUUGGAAGUACUCUCAUUGGGAAAUGAAAGGAGUUCCCCUUAGAAUUGAAAUUGGUCCCAAGGAUCUAGCAAAUAACCAGGUACGUGUCGUCCGUCGUGACAAUGGCGUGAAAGCGGAUAUACCUGUUGCCAGUUUGGUUGAAAAGAUUAAAGAUGUAUUAAUCAGCAUCCAGGAAAACCUUUUUAAUACAGCUAAACAAAAACGAGAUGCCAGCAUAAAAGUUGUCCAAACUUGGGAUGAGUUCAUUGCUGCCCUUAAUGACAAAAAGAUGAUCCUUGCUCCUUGGUGUGAUGAAGAGGAAGUUGAGAAAGACGUGAAAACACGGACAAAAGGUGAACUUGGAGCUGCUAAGACAUUAUGCACCCCAUUUGACCAACCAAGACUUCCUGAAGGUACGCUAUGCUUUGCAUCUGGAAAACCUGCCAAGAAGUGGACAUACUGGGGUCGAAGCUAUUAAACGCAGCAGAUAACUCAAACGUUAAAAAAGCUACCAUACAAAUUUUACUUCUUCCAAAUGAUAUCAACGCAACCGUCCAUUUUUCUAUUUAUCAUCGAUUUUGAUUCAAGUUUUUGCCCUGAAGAGUUGCAGCUUCAAGCGAUUUGAAAAUUUGAUAUUUUUCCUCCCUGAAGGCAACAGCAACUAUAUUGUCCAUCAUUACUCCAAAGCCAUAAUUUUAAUGAUUUGAUUGUGUUUCUUCGGACUA